AUGUAUUCCGCACCGAGAGCCAUUUCGCGCCUUGCGAGAGAGUGGCGUCUGGUGAACCCGCGACUCUCCACCACCUCGUCGGCGUCAUCGUGCUCAUUUUCCUCCACCGCAACAGCAUUAUCGUCAUCCUCAUCGUCGUCAAAACCAAGACCGCAAUCCCGGCCCCGGCCGUCGGCCCCACCGCCGCCGUUCGAGCUUGUGCCGACAUGUCCCUCGCCGACGUGCGAGUGCGCCGCCACACCAGCUAUGCCGGACGGGCUCGACAUCGACCGCACGGCCCCGCUCAACGGCGUCGUGUCGGCGUACGCCGAGCAGGUGCUCGCGUGCACGGGGCGGGACGACUGGGCGUCGCGCAUCGAGGAGGAGAACAGCGGGGACAACCUUGCGGCGGACCUGAAAGAGCUGUUUGGGCGCGGUGGCACGUAUAGCGAUCCAUGGCACAACGUCUCGGUCCUCAACGCCUCGUUCCCCUCGUCCACGCCUCGGCGGAGCGAGCUGCAGACGACGAGCGCCUACCUCCUGCCGAGCUUCAAGUACGUGCCGUUCCUGCCGCGCGUGAGCUUCGACAGCGUCCAGGCGCUCGCCAAGGGGUACCUGCUCCCGGAGAAGCUGCACCCGAUGCACGACGGUCUGUCGCCGAUCCACCGCGACCGGCUGACGCGCGAGGCCGCCUACCGGCCGCUGCUGUACGGGGUGCGGGACGUCACCGACGUGCUGGUGCUGAUCUGCGGGCACGGCGGGCGGGAUAUGCGGUGCGGCGUCAUGGGCCCCGUGCUGCGGGAGGAGUUCGAGAGGAGGCUCGAGGGGUCCGGGGUUGCCGUCGCCAGGGGCCCCGUGGAGGUCGACGAGGGCGGCGAGGAGAAGGGAAGGAUCGCGGCGCCUGAGGGACAGGAGGAGAAGAAGAAGAAGAAGGAGGAGGAGGAGGAGGGCGGCGACGGGGAGAUGGCGGCCAGGGUCGGGCUGAUUAGCCACAUCGGCGGUCACAAGUUUGCGGGGAACGUCAUCGUGUACAUUCCGCCGGGCUUGCGGAUGACCAGCGGCGAGAAGCACCCGCUCGCCGGGAAGGGGAUAUGGUACGGCAGGGUCGAGCCGAAGCACGUCGAGGGCAUCGUCAAGGAGACGGUCCUCGGCGGCCGGGUGAUUGCGGACAUGUUCCGCGGGGGUAUCGACGAGAACCGAAAGAUUCUGAGACUGUGA